UUCGCCUGCGUUUCACGUGUGUAGACUGGAUGAUGGCGGGCGCUGGGGAAGACUCUCGAGCGCUCUUUAGAGCUGGGGUUAGGGUGGCGCUAGAGGCCUGGCCCGCAUUGCAGAUCGCUGUGGAUAAUGGUUUCGGGGGCGUGCACAGCCAGGAGAAGGCCGAGUGGUUGGGGAGUGCCGUAGAGGAUUACUUCAUCCACAAUGCUGACUUGGAGCUAGAUGAGGUAGAAGACUUCCUUGGGGAGUUGAUGACCAAUGAAUUUGAUACCGUUGUGGAGGAUGGGAGUCUGCCCCAGGUGAGCCAGCAGCUACAGACCAUGUUCCACCACUUCCAGAGGGGUGAUGGGGCUGCUUUGAAGGAGAUGGCCUCCUACAUCACCCAAAGAAAGUAUAAAGUCACAGUCACUGCACUUAAGACAGCCAGAGAAACUGAUGAGGAUGAAGAUGGUGCAGACAGUGUGGAAGAGAUGGAGGUCACGACUACGAAUGAAGCAGCCGCUGUACAGCCUGAAACUUCUGAUUCAAACUCUCAGACUAUUAAGGAAGAGGAUAUAGUAGAAGAUGGCUGGACCAUUGUCCGGAGAAAGAAAUGAGUGGGGCCAGAAAUGUUUUGGGCCCUUGUUGACUGGCAUUCUAA